AUGUGUAAAACAAAGAACUCAACAGUGGCUCACCCAAUCCCUUUAGGUCUGGCCCUGGGUAGCAUCUCACUGAUCACAGUCAUCAUGAAUAUUUUGGUCCUGUAUGCAGUGAAAAGAGAAAGAAAGCUGCAUACAGUUGGGAACCUGUACAUUGUCAGCCUAUCAGUCGCAGACCUUAUAGUUGGUGUAGCUGUUAUGCCGCUGAACAUUAUGUACCUACUGAAUCACGAAUGGGCACUGGGCAGACCAGCCUGUCAGUUCUGGCUCUCAAUGGAUUAUGUAGCCUCCACAGCCUCCAUCUUCAGCCUUCUUAUAUUGUGCAUAGAUCGUUACCGUUCAGUUCAGCAGCCACUCAAGUAUCUCAAGUACCGGACCAAAAGUAGAGCUUUGGUAAUGAUUUCUGGAGCUUGGCUGAUUUCUCUUUUGUGGAUCAUCCCGAUUCUAGGCUGGCAUGCUUUUGCCAAUGAUGGGAAAUGGGAAGUGGAAGAAAAGACCUGUGAAACAGAGUUCUCCCAAGUCCGCUGUUUUAAAGUGUUGACGGCCAUUGUCAACUUCUACAUCCCAUCUUUACUGAUGUUAUGGUUCUAUGCAAAAAUAUACAAGACUGUCCAGAAACACUAUCAGCACCGAGAGCUCAUCAAUGGAUCGUUUCGGUCUUUCUCAGAAAGCAAAUGUAUACAUCGUGAUAAGGUGCAGGAAAAGCAAAACAUUUGCCACAAAAAGCCAAAUAAAGAUAUAAACAUGAGUCUUUUGAAAGGAAGCUCUGUAGACCCUUGCUGCAAUGUAAAUCUCUACUUCCCUCAGUCCAAAAGUAUGGGGGCAAAGCUUGAACUCAGCAGCUUUGACAAACCUCCAAAGGCUCUCAUUACAGAAGAUGACAGCAAGGUUGUAAAACUGAGCUGUUUUCCACUUGCCAUUACCCAGAUUCAGCCAGGGCCAGAUAAAGUGGGAAUGAAGUAUGUGCCUGUCAAGAAGGGGCCUUGCUCACAGGCUCCAGAGCUGACACAGAGUGACACAUCAGAUGAGCACACUUUCAUUGAGGGGGCCUCCUGUAAAAAUGACUCUGAUCUCACCCCGAUCCCAGCAACUUCUAGUGCUGAGGAAAAGACUAACAAAGACCCUGCAGGCCUCAGUUACCUGAAGAGCACCUGGCGGAGACUGCGCACCCAGUCCAUGCAAGGGGUGCAUGUGAACAGGGAGAGGAAAGCAGCCAAGCAGCUGGGUUUCAUAAUGGCAGCCUUUAUGCUGUGCUGGAUUCCCUAUUUUGUGCUGUUUAUGGUAAUAGCCUAUUGUCAAAGCUGUUGCAACUACAGUUUCUAUAUGUUCACUAUUUGGCUUGGUUAUGUGAACUCCACUUUAAAUCCAUUCAUCUAUCCCCUCUGUAACGAGAACUUCAAGAAGACAUUCAAAAAGAUCUUUCAUAUUCACUCAUAA